AUGGCUCCUUGGGAGAACUUUGACCAGGUCUUCUCCUUCAACAAGAAAUACUCAUAUGAGCCAAAAGUCUUUGACCAGAUCCUGUCCAACCGACGCUCUCUCGGUCAGCUCUUCGCCGAUCGACUCUUGUCACUCUUUGGCAUCCAAGGAGUAACCAAGGUCUAUCCCCCAAAGGCCAACGCAGACCUUCGAGCUCUGUUCAACCUUAUCGUGCCUUCCGAACUUGAUAUUCAUCACAAACAAUCUUUGAUCUACUACAUCCUCAAGGACUGUCGCACUGCGCCAGAAGCUUCCGCCCAGUUUGCGCAACAAUGUCACCUUCCGGAGAAGUACCGUUUCCUCAUUGAGGGACUCUGGCACAUGGAUCGCCUUGACUUCCGACGAGCAGUCGAAUUUCUUGCCGAACCCUCCCUCAUUCCCACCUUCCCAGAUGAGAUUCUCUACGCGCUGACUCUCACCCAACUGCCCAAGCAUGACAACAGUCUUGCCAUCGCAUACUACCUGACUGCGGCACCUCCACUCGCCAGCUCAAAGGUCCGCACAGCGUUCUUUGACGCGCUCGCUCGCUCCAACAUCACCGAGGCAUUCUACUUCACGCGCAAGUAUGAUGAAGAACAUCGCCAGGCUUUCUUUGAGCAACUGGUGGAGUUUGUGCACAAGACCGUUCCUGGUCAGACUAGAAGCCGGCGAGCAAUGGAACUUGUCGGCCUUCCACUUGAUGAAGACGAGGAACAGUGGUUUGAGGAUGUCCUGUUGCAAGGAAAUGCCAGCACCUUGCCUGGUUCCAAGGACACGGUGAUGAUGCGUCGUUUGGCGACUGGGCGACUGGAGGGAAUUGCGCCCGAGCUUGAAUCAUUGGGUGGUAAGAAAAUCGACGGUCUGAACUGGGACGAUCUUCGGGGCAGCAUACGACACAGGUGA